AUGCUCUGCGGGGACUUUCAGGAGUCAGCGCAGGUGAAAUCCGGAGACCCGGUGAGAAUCGACGCUUCCAGCUGCGUUGUUGCAGCUUUGUUGGAUUACAUCUACGGGGGAGAACCAGAAGUCGAGAAUAUUGAGGAUCAACUCGAGUUGUUGAAGCUCGCUGUCGCCUACGGUUGGUCCAUGCUUACAGCCGAGCUUGCGUCAGCAUGGCGAGCAUCGUUGGACGGCGCGAGCGCGCUGAAGCUGCUGCCCCAGAUUUGGUCUUUCGACGAACUUGAUGAUCUCACCUUGUUGUGCGAAGAGCAUCUUCUCCACAACUUCUCGGAAUGCACUGAGAUCGAAGAUUUUGUUCAUUUGACGCACGAGCAGCUAGGGAGACUCCUGCAAAGUAGUGACCUGAAGGUGACAAGGGAGGAGGCUGUGCUGCAAGGGGUUCUCAGAUGGGUGAACGCUUCACCAGGAGACAGAACAGCUUUCUUUGGAAUGCUUUUGCAACAGGUGGAUUGUCCGUCAUUAUCCAUGAACAGUUUGGAGCAGCUACGUCUUUGGGCCCAAUCUGCUGGCACGGUCGGUCCUGGCUUGAGCAAGUCAGUCAAGAGCGCCAUGCAACUCCACCGAAAGCGGACGUCGGGUGGCUUGCCAGAGAAGCAUUCUCCAAAGAGGAGAUGUCUGAAGCAUUGGUGUCCGGAUUUGGGUGCCGAUAGCGAGCGCAGUUGCCAGGCCGUCACUCCACCUGUGCACAGUCCGAGCUUUUGCUGGCAUGAUGGAGCUUUCUACAUUGCAGACUUUUACAAUGACCGGAUUCUUCGUUGUAGACCAGGCGACAGGCAGAGCCAGAUUGUAGCCGGUUCAGGAGCUCCCAUCACUGGUUACAACGAGGUGCGUUCACCUUGUAUGAUUGCAGUGUCCCCCACCGGAGAUCUCUUUGUUAUAAACUCUCUCACAGAAGGCAAAUUGCUCAAGUUCGCAAAUAGCUUUGGACAAAUCUUGCUCGAGGUUCCAAACCCUUCUGGUUUAUGUUGUUCUCCAAAUGGAGUACUUUACGUUGCUGAUGCUGGUGGGACUAGAAUCCAGCGACUGGAAGGUUCAGCGUUGACGCCAGUGAUCGACAGCCAUGAUCUUCCUGUUGAUCAAUGUUUCCAAGCGACGGGCAUGUUUGCCACCAAGGAUGAGGAUAUUUAUUUUUGUGAUGAGCGAGACAAACACAUUCUGCGAUUUCGCCCGGGCAGUGCUGCCCCGGUCGUCGUAGGAGACUUUCAGCACGAAGGGCACGUUGCCUUGGUUGGCCUGCAUGUGACUGAGCAAGGAAAGAUCUACGUCACAGACGUAUCUGGAAAACGUAUUCUUGCAUUGAAUACAGGGGAGAGCACGGCCGUGACAUUGGAACUGGGGCUUCCUGCUGAGGUUGUGCCAGUUGGGGUCAUCGAGCAUGACAACUCCCUCUACAUCCUGCACUAUGACAUACUCACUAGCGAGGACGAGGAUUCAAACAGGCAGCCGCUGCGGCAGCCCAUUUACCGAUGCCCCCUACCAGAAGCACUUGUGCUGGACAGUUCCUCAGCAGCUUCACGCAGCCAGCAUGCCGAAGGCCUCUGA